CACAACAUGACUUAUUCGCGCAAGUUCCGCGUUUAAAAGAUGAUAUUGUGGCUCCUGACUAUUGCUUUGUAGAUACCAAACCAUUUAUCGCGAGCAUUGGGGAAGAUGGCGAUUCUAGUUACGGAAAUAUCCAAUAUUUUCCACCUCAAGAAGUUAUCACAAAUGCAUGGUUUGGACCUAAGGGAACUAUUUCACCAAUGCACACAGAUCCUUAUCAUAAUCUUUUGGCACAAAUUGUUGGACAAAAAUAUAUUAGAUUAUAUUCACCAAGUGAAACUCCUAAAUUGUACUCUUUUGAACAGGAUGGUUUGUUAGGUAACACGAGCCAG